AUGUCACAAGAUAUAAUAUAUACAAGCACUUCAGAUGAAAGUUUCAAGAAUAGAUCUACCGGGUACGAGUACACAGUGGGGCCUAAACCUUCACUUCCUGAUGAAUAUACCAGAUCACCAUUGACUUCGAAGUUAUAUUCAGAAUCGUUGAAUACAAAGAGACAUGAGGUUUCUUUGGCCGCCAUGACAUUCCUUUUCCAAGAGAUGAUUUCGGCUUUGCAUAAGGAAUGUAAAUCAGUCACAGAGUUUGAGACUAAAUUAUCUUCUUAUGGUGAAUCCAUCGGUUCGAGACUAUUAGAAUUAUUGAACUUUAGAUCAUCGAUUUCACCCGGCAGCUCAUCGAGGACGUCUACUUUCUUAGCAUCAUCGACAUCUGUAUUAAGUUCGCAAACAAGUCAGCCAGCAAACAAUACUAAUAAUAUAAAUAAUACAAACAGUAACAAUAGUGGAGGUUCCACUGGUAAUAGAACGAGGUCAAGAUCAAAUACGGGUACGUCCUCCAAAGAUAACACAUCCUCCACAAAGACAACUAAUAGAGAUUCUUCUGAUCGUCAUCAUCAUCAUCACCAAGUAGAAUCUUUGACAAGCCAAAUUUCUAAAAUGAGACGUCGUGACUUAAAGAUAUUAGAUAUUUUACAAUUCAUCCAUGGCACUUUAUGGUCGUAUUUAUUUAAUCAUGUCUCCGAUGAUUUAGUUAAAUCGUCUGAAAGGAAUAAUGAAUAUAUGAUAAUUGACAAUCAACCACCUUUAACCCAAUUUAUAAGUGGCUCGAAUAAUAGGAUAUCUUGUGACUAUUUCAUUUGUGGUAUUAUUAAAGGAUUUUUAACAAAUGCUGGAUUUCGUUGUAAAGUCACUGCACAUGAAAUGCCACAGGGUCAAUUUGACAGCAGAACAGUUUAUUUAAUACAAUUUGAUAACCAAGUCUUAGAAAGGGAGGCUAUAAGAUUCGGGCAAUCAUAA